UGUUUUGGGACUUAGACAAUACUCUGCCAUUGUUACACUGAGAACAGCUCAUCUUCUUCGUCGUUUGUACGCGUGUAAGGUUUCUCGCCUCCCGCUUUGCGCAAAACUGCACGUCUCUGUGCCGCUUCAUCCUCGUUCUUUUUGGCUAAAUCUUGGGUUUCCACCUCCAUUUCUAGCCCCAUAUUGGUAUUACCGAGAGGCUGCGGAUAGCCGCGCCAUUUGGAGGAUAUUCGACGAGGCGUUUGCCUCACGAAAUUGAAGAGGACGAAGGGGAAUUGGAUAAUUUUGAUAGUAUAUAAAAGGACGAGCCUGUUUGUUUUGGGAUAAGCGGAUUGAUUUAGGGUUAGAGAUUGUAACAUACAUAAUUGGAUAUUUGUGUUUCUGUGGGGGAGGCAGGAUCGGGGGAUGAGGAUGAGAGGCUUGGCGUACGGUGUGGAAGAGGAGGAGAUGGAAAAUGAGGUCAGAUUGGAGCGGGAGGGGAACGACGAAAACGAGAACGAGAAAUUGGUGGCUCAGAGGAGAUACGCCGCGGUGGCGGCCGGCGGUGGGUUUUCACCGCCGUCUCCGAUGAAAUCGGUUGUGGUCGGUUAUGCUCUUACGUCCAAAAAGGUUAAGAGCUUUUUGCAGCCCAAACUGGAAGGCUUAGCUAGGAAGAAGGGAAUUUUAUUUGUUGCUAUUGACCACAGUAAGCCCCUUGCCGAUCAAGGCCCUUUUGACAUUGUACUUCAUAAGUUAUCUGGAAAAGAAUGGCGGCGCAUACUUGAGGAAUAUAGGGAAACCCAUCCGAGUGUCACUGUUCUUGAUCCUCCUGAUGCCAUACAGCACUUGCACAACCGUCAGUCUAUGCUUCAGGCUGUUGCUGAUAUGAAUCUUUUUGAUUCCUAUGGACAAGUUAGUGUCCCAAAGCAAUUGGUUAUCAAGAAAGAUCCAUCGUCCAUAGCUGAUGCAGUGAACAAGGCUGCGCUGAAGCUACCUAUUGUGGCGAAGCCAUUGGUUGCAAAGUCACACGAGCUGUCACUUGCCUAUGAUGAGUUAUCUCUGCAGAAUCUCAACCCCCCUCUUGUUCUGCAGGAAUUCAUUAAUCAUGGAGGAGUACUCUUCAAAGUAUAUAUUGUCGGGGAAACUGUGAAAGUUGUCCGGAGAUUCUCCUUGCCUGAUGUUAAUAGGCUCGAACUUUCAAACAAUGCCGGCGUCUAUCACUUCCCCAGAGUAUCUUGCGCUGCUGCAUCUGCUGAUGAUGCAGAUUUAGAUCCUUGCGUUGCUGAGCUCCCUCCAAGACCUUUACUGGAGAGACUGGCUAGAGGACUACGCCAUCGCCUGGGCCUGAGGCUGUUCAACCUCGACAUAAUCCGCAAACAUGGAACUCGAGACAACUACUACGUGAUAGACAUUAACUACUUCCCAGGAUAUGGGAAAAUACCGGAAUAUGAACAUGUAUUCACGGACUUCCUAUUGAGCCUAGUACAGGGCAAAUAGAAAUUCAGAACGCCCUCUGAAAAGAGAGAUCGGUAGUAGAUCAUGUCGAAUGAGCUCGUGCUGUACGAGAGUUGUUCUUGUUGAUCUGAUCCGCGACGAAAAUAAUAAAAUGCAGCAGCCGGCAAGGAAUGCAGCAGAGGAUUGAUGGUCACAGCAUCACCACAAAUGUUUUUUUCGAUAUUAUUUUUGUGUUCGUGGUCGGAUCGAGGCCUUUUGUUGUUGAUUUUAUGACGACGACGACGACGAAUGUGAUGAUAGAUGGAUGGAUCGAACAUCAUGGAAUUCUACUCAGCUGCUGAAUGAAUCUGCUGCAGUUGCUCUUGCUGUUGCUGUGUGACAAUUAGUUGAAGGUAACAUUCUCUUCGUUGUUUCUUUGUAAAUCAUCCUUCCUUGGGGGAAAUUAAAUAAACUUAAUUUCUAAAUUCCUUUUUUGUGUUUU